UUCAUUUUUAUUGGAAGGGGAAGAGGAAUCAAAAACGCAAUUGCGGAGAUUUCUUGGAAGGAAAAGGAAAAGGAAGCCGUUGAUCGCCUGCCAAUAUAUUUUGCCCAAUUUCUUCUUGGUUACUGUGAUCGUGGAUUUGCUGUUGAGUUGUAAAUUUGAAGAUAAGGACCAUAUGCCCAACGGUGAGUUAAUAGAUGGAUUUUCUGAGUUAUAUAAGCAGAACAUAGAUAUGAGGCUUGAUCUUGGGAUUCUUGACGAGCUGACUUAUCCAGUGCUGACUGAGAAACUCAUUCGAGUCACUUUGAAAGAGCGAAAGCACAGAGCCUGGCAUUCAGAGGAGCGAUGCAGCCUCUGUCUGGUUAGAGUCAUUGUCUUUGAAGGAGUAUUAUUUACUCCUAUAUCACAAGUCAAAAUGAGAUUUUCAAAACAUGGAGGAUUAUGUAGAUGGAGAAUAUAUUGGAAUAUUGGGAUGCAGGCACAAGUUCCACCCGAGGUGCAUCAAUAGAUGGAUUCCAAAGAAGAACAUAUGCCCAAUUUGCAAAGGAAAACUCUAGUGAUGGAGAUAGCAGCAGCUAGAAUAAUCAAGAAAAUGUAGUUAAAAAAAACGAUCAAUAUUAAUAAAAUUCUUAAUUAUAGUAGCUUUUGUAGAGAGCUGAUUGAGUUGUAACCGGUUUAACCGAUUCCUGCUAUGUGAA